CCAACGUUUGAUGGAAAGAAGUCAUGACCGGUCUACCAUUCCACGUCACACACUGUCUCUCUCUUAUUCAAUUCAAAUUAGUUGGAGGUGGUUGCACUCAACCCCAAACCGCGCAAAGGAGCAUCUACGAAACCAAAAGCUCUAUAUAAACCAAGAAGCCACCUCAUUUGAGGCAUCAUUAAACUGCACCAUCUUGAGUUCAUAUUGUCUCAUCCCUCUCUUUAUUGAUCUAUUCUAAUGGCUGAAGAAAACAGUGCCAUGAUGCCCGGCCGCAGCUCGUCCACCGCCGGCGAGGCAGCCAAGGAUGAUGAUGCCACCGUUCGAAUCGUUUAUACGGACGUGCCUGAGGGCGAGGAUCCUGAGGCCUUUGACCUCCGGACCGUUGCCGCAGUCCUUGGCAGUGAGGAGGCCGCGAAGGAGGCUUUGAUCUACCACUACAAGGAGGCAGCAAGCGGGUUCGCCGCCAAGCUGACUUCAAAGCAAGCCCAAGAAUUGUCGAAGCAACCAGGGAUUCUUCAAGUUGUGCCAAGUCGCACCCUCCAGCUUAAUGAACCUGCCACGGUCCAGACAAUCGGCGUUCUGUGAACGUUCUUGGUGGAGAAGGCUCCAGCUUUCGGGCAUUAUACUAACUUUUUAUUCAAGCAUUAUGCCUGCAUUGUAUAGUAUUAAGCAGCAGAGAUCUAUGUAUUUAUUUAUGUGAAUGUUCGUGAAUAUGAGAUGGUACUUGGUGUGACUUAUUUGAAUUGAUUCAUAUAUUAAUCUUAUUUUGGUUUGA